CUGGAUCUGGAUCACCCGUCGUCUCGCUCCUUUCGAAAACCCUAAACGUUCGACGCGGCUACUGUUCUUCUAUCUCCAAAUGGCGUGGCGCGGAUCGAUCUCUGGAUCGCUGCUCGCUGCCGCGCGGUCCUACUCCCCCCGAUCGCCGCAUGCGGUUCGCCGACUUCCCUGUCCGCCCGUCGCCGGCCCCCGCCUCCAGCGCCGCCGCCUCCCCCUCUCCCCUCCCCGAUCUCUGGGAGAAUUAGGGUGCGCGCAGUCCUUCCUUCCACUUUACAGCGUGGUGGCCGCCCCUCGUCUCACCUCCCACCUGUCGGUCAGCGCGAGGGCAUGCUGUGAGCUCUCUCAGGGGAAAAAUGGAAAAGAUGGUUGAUGCAGAAGAGAUGGCGUCGUUCAGUGGGAAUCGCGGUGUAAGCCGAUGUACCUGAAGGAAUUAGGAUCGCCGCAUGGUUGGUAAACGAAGGAUUCUUGAUAGGGGUUGUAUGAGAACCUGCUCAUGCAUUAACCGAAAGAUUUGGAGAAACUUUAAAUGGUCUCUUUGCUUGUGUCGAUGCAAGAAUAAGUGCGACUUUUGCUUCUGAUGAACAGCUGCUGGGGAAAUUAUGCUUCGCUGGUUUAAGUGGCGCAUUCUUUCUUCAACUGGUGUUACAGUUAUAUGCAGUGUGCACAACCCAACUUGAUGCUGGUUGCUGCCCUUAUUAUUAGUUGUCAGCUGCUAUCCUCCAAACAAUUCCACUGCAAUUCAUGUAACAUAACAUUGUGCUCAUUUUCACUGUCAGUAGCAACCUGCAAUAGUUUACUUUCUAAAGGCCAGCUGAUAUGGAUCCUUUUGCCA